GUGUUGAGUGUGGUACAUCUACAAAUCUUAGGCCACAAUACUGUCUCAAAUAAACUCAGUGUGGGACUGCCUUUAUGCACUAAAACCAAUAAUGUGAGAACCCGAUGCAGACGUCGUAUCAUGGACGUUUAAUAGUAUCAACUGCAACUUUUUUUUUGUGUCAUUAAUUUUUUAACCGGCCGUGAAAUCAUCGAUUUACACUAAACCCACGGAUAACUGGAUUGAGAUGCAGCAAUGUCCCGAGGAAUAUGCCAACGCGUAAAUUUCUGGUGGAUUUUUGCAGUUAUGUUUCUGGUGAAAGUAGUUGAUGUUGGCGCAUACAGCUGUCAUGAGGUGAAGACCGCUUUCCAGGUGCGACAGAUCGGCCCGCUGAAAUGGGUACCGGAGACUCCUGGGACAGAUGUGGACCUGUUGGUGUGUAAGCACCAGGGCCCGUCCUGCUGCACCCGCAAGAUGGAGGAGAGCUACCAGGUGGCGGUGAGACGAGAGACCCUCCAGAAUGUCCGCUCCUACAGCUUCGAGCUGAAGUACCUCAUCUCCGGCCACGCUACCGCCUUCCAGGACACCUUCCAGUACCUGCUCUCCUUCUCACAGGGCCACCUCUUGUCUCUGCUGGAGGACACCUACUCGCCCCUCUCCCGCGAGGCCCUGCCCCAUGUCAACGCCCUCUUCUCCUCCCUCUCCCUCUACAUCCGCGGACACAACCUCUCCCUCGAGGCCGCCGUCGCACAUUUCCACGACAACCUCUUCCCGCUCGUCUAUGGACGAUUGGUCAACCCCGGCAUGGACGCGGCGGGCAAGCGGGGCGAGUGUCUCCGCGCGACCCGGCAAGACGUCAACCCGUUCGGCCCUCACCCCGAUACGCUCGCCCAGGAACUCAGCCGCGCCCUGGGCGCCGGGCGAGCAUUAUCUCUCACCCUCGCUGAAGGCACCGAGGUCAUGAACGCCACAGAACACGUUUCCUUCACCAAAGAGUGUUUACGAGGCUUGACCAAGAUGCAGUACUGCUCGCACUGCCGCGGGCUGACGCUGAUCAAGCCGUGCAUGGGCUACUGCUUGAACGUGAUGCGCGGGUGCUUGGCGAGCGUGGCCGAGCUGGACGGGCCGUGGCGGAGGUAUGUGGCGGCACUGGAAGAGCUGACCCACGCCGUGGCUGGACAACACAGCCUGGAGCUGGCCCUGCUGGGGGUCAGGGGGCACGUGAACGAGGCUAUACUCCAUGCACAGCUCCACGGGCCAACACUGACCGCAACGGUGGAUAAUGUGUGUGGUCUGUCAGCCAAGGAGCCCACCACCAGCGUCCACCCUGACCCCACCCCAGAGGUCACGACUCCCACGGUGACAUCAUCGACCGCUCCUCCCUCUGUCGUCCCCUCCAUUCCCCCACUGGAACAGCUGAUGGGACAACUGGCCCACCUGAGGAGUUCAUUCACCCUGAAACCCUCCAGGAACGAUAAACCUAGAAGUCUGAAAAAGAUCUCUAGGGAGUUUCUGAGCUACGUCCAGCGCUACAAGUCGUUCUUUGCGGUGCUGCCGGAGAUGCUGUGUGAAGGAGAGAUGGUGGUGGAGGACUUUACCUGCUGGAGCGGAGACGACGUUGUGGAAAGUUAUACAGGCAGAGUGGUGGGGAACGGUCUCCAGGCCCAGAAGCAGAACCCAGAGGUCAAAGUUCGCAGCCCUAACCCUGAACUGGCCGAGGUCAAGGAGAGGCUGGAGCGCUUCAACCAGGAGAUCCAGGACAUGCUGCCGGGGCUGGGCCAGAGAGAGUCCUGGGGGGAGCUGGGUAGUGGAGACACAGAGGACGGCAGUGGAUACUGUGACGAUGAGGACGGGUGUCAAGGGUCUGGAACGGGGACAGUCAAAACCUCCACUGAUGGUCGACCAGAGGUGUCCAGCGAUGGUAACCCCGUAGGCAGUAACCCAGGAAGUCGUGCUCCCCCGGUGGUGAGGGUGAGAGGUGCAGGGUGCCCCCCAGCUUGCCUGUCUCUACCCACGGCCCUCACCUUGCUCCUGGCCACACUGGCUCUACAGUGGAGCCUGCUCUGAAAACACA